GGUGCUUAUACCUCUGACAGCCAUUGUCGUCCAGACAAUGGCUUCAGGCUAUGCCGGGACCGAAGAACUUAUGCACACACCUGAAUUCAACCCACAUGAGCUGCAUCAUCCACCUGGUAGUGAAUCCGAGCACCUUCAGAACCCUAGAACUAAUGUCGAGCACCUUAGAAGUCCUGGAUCCGAGUAUCUACAAAAUCCAGGAUCCGAGCAUCUGCAACACCCAGGGUCUGAAUACUUGGAGAACCCUGAUCACGAUACUGGAUAUCUGAGGCAUACACGCAAAGAAAAAUCCGAGUACUAUCUACGCCACCCACUACGGUCCGAGUACUUGAGUCAUCCUAGUCAAGAACGGAACACUGAACAUUUUCGACACACUCGUAGCGUCAAGCACCUGAAACACCCAUCUAGAUACGGUACCGACAACGUAGAGUAUCUCAAACACCCACCCAGUAAUCACUUCGACAAUGUGGAUCCUUACCAACCUCGACCUGCCCUUGAUACCGACCAAACAGGAUAUCUCAAACAUCCACCACAAAGCCAUAAUUACGACUAUGUCGAUCCUUAUCACCCUCAACCAGCCCACGAUUCCGACCAAACUGGAUACCUUAAACAUCCACCACAAAGCCAUCAUUACGACAAUGUGGAUCCUUACCAACCUCGACCUGCCCAUGAUUCCGACCAAACAGGAUACCUCAAACAUCCACCACAAAGCCAUCAUUACGACAAUGUGGAUCCUUACCAACCUCGACCAGCCCAUGAUUCCGACCAAACUGGAUACCUCAAACAUCCACCACCUAGUCACAAUUUCGAUCAUGUAGAUCCUUAUCAUCCUCAACCAGCCCAUGAUUCCGACCAAACUGGAUACCUCAAACAUCCACCACCUAGUCACAAUUUCGAUCAUGUAGAUCCUUAUCAUCCUCAACCAGCCCAUGAUUCCGACCAAACUGGAUACCUCAAACAUCCAGGUCAUGGUUACGAUGAACGUUAUUGAACCUCAUUAUGACGGAUAAACUAGUUUGAUUACAAAAGUUAUGAUAAUUGUUGAUGAGAAUGUUGGCUAGUAAUUUUUCGCACUUUACAUAUUGGGUGACUCAUUCUGAUAUUCCAUGACAUAUAGUUAGUAAUACAUAUCUACCGUUGAAUCUCUACUACAUGACAUUUUUUGUGAAACCUGCAAUGGUACAGUACAAAUUUUUACACCAAUGUUAGGUGUGUUCAUCAAAAAGACACGAAUAAAUAUUUGGUAGUUUUUAUACAAUUAUUCUUUACAACAACAUUUCUUUCAGAAUUUCGUUUUUUUUUUAUCCUUACUUAUAAUUUGUAUGAUUUACUUAACAAAAAUGUUACUUUGAAAAAAGUAUUU